AUGUCGUCCGCCUCAAGCGUACCGCAGAACCCAACCACCCACAAUGUCGCCCAGAUCCUCCCCAAGCUCAACGACCCCGACAGCGACAUUCGCUACAUGACUCUCAACGACCUUCUCAUGAUGCUCAACAACGGCAGCCCCACCCUCAUCUCCCACGACUACACCACCUGCUGCAAAGUAGUCGACGGGCUGCUACAUACCCUCGCAGAUACCCACGGCGACGUGCAGAAUAUGGCUAUCAAGUGCCUCGGACCGUUCGUGAUCAAGGCGCCGGAGAACAUUCUGUGCCCGACGAUUGAGAAGGUCAGUAAUAUCAAGACGGAGGGCAGUCUGGAUAUCAGCAUCCCUGCGCUGGGACUGAUGCGGAUCGUGGUCGCGCUGCCGCAUCCUGUGCCGGGCGUGGCAAAGAGUUCGAAGUUGAAUGAGGCGUAUGGUGCAGUGAGCAAGGCGCUCAUCCCACGGAUAGUGGGGAGGGUGGUUGUGCCGCUUAAGGAGAACAAGUCGCAUCCUGCGCCGCCGAAGGGUAUGCUACAGGAGGAACUCGAGACGGGGAAUGACAGCAACACUCUGGACCUGCUGGCGGAGGUGGCGAGAUGUUUCGGGCCAAUGUUGCAGGAAGCGGAGGUGCAGGCGCUAGAGGAGAUCACGAUGAAAGUGCUGGAGAGUGACAAAUGCGGUACGGUAAUGAAGAAGAAGGCGGUCGCUGCGCUUUCUGCUCUGGCGCCAUAUUUCAGCGAGGGGCUGCUGGCGCACCAUGUCACCAAUACGAUUGAGAAGCUGAGGUCGCCACAUCUUACUUCGCAGCAGAGAAGGCUGUACAUUACGGUCUAUGGGUCGCUGGCAAGGAGCAUACCGCAGAAGUUUGGGCCGUAUCUCAAGACUCUGACGCCGUUCGUGCUUGCGCCAUUGAGUGAUAUAGAGCUCAAGCAGCAGGAGGCUGUGGAGGCAGAGGCGGACGGCGAGCGGGACACGCAGUUAGAGGAGGUCAGAGAGGCAGGGUUCAUCGCACUGGAAAACUUCCUGCAGGCAUGCCCAUCGGAUAUGAAGCCGUAUAAGAAAGAUGUACUGGAGGCGGCGACACGAUUCUUGAAGUACGAGCCGAACGUGGCAGAUGAUGAUGACGAGGACAUGGAGGAAGAGGAAGCAGCGGACGACGACUUCGACCUUGACGAGGAUUUUGAGGAGGAGACUGGCUUUGAAGAUGAAGACGACGUGAGCUGGAAGGUCCGGCGGUGCUCAGCCAAGGCGCUGUACGCUCUCAUCGGCACUCUGGACCCGAACGACCCUGCGUUAUCUGGCACAAUAGCACCAGCACUCAUCGCGCGCUUCAAGGAGAAGGAGGAGAGCGUGCGCAGCGAGAUCAUCGCCACUCUGGCCUACCUCAUCACCAAGACCGGAUCUAUCGAUGCGAGAGACACCACAUCCGACUCUGGGCACGUCAUUCCACCGAGUAGGAAGCGGAGACGAGGGUUCAGUGAGUCUUUGGGCUCUGAUCUGCAAGCUCAACAAGCUCUGAUGAACGGAUACGCAUCACCCUCGACACCACCACCCACGGACACCGGCACGAAGGGCUUGGCGAAGAUCAACCCAGACAUUGUCAAAGGGGCUGCCAAGCUUCUGAAGAGCAGCACUCCACAGACGAAGGAAGUCGUGCUGUCUUUGCUCAAAGAUAUGGUUCUGGCGCAGCGAGGUGGCCUGUCAGAGCACGCUGGUCUGGUGGUCGACCCAGUUGUGGAUGCUCUGACUACUUCAUCCGGCGGCGGCUCGAACCUGGCGGGGAACAAGCUCCGCGUGGAAGCACUUGGUCUGCUCCGAGUUGUCGCUGAGAUGCACUCUAGCAAAGUGCUCGAGCCACAUCUUGCCAGAGUCGUGCCAGCGCUGGUGGCAGCGGCCAAGGAUCGCUACGCCAAGGUGUCGAGCGAGGCUUUCGGUACUAUCGAGUGCUUCAUCAAGGCCCUCACGCCACCCAGGAGCGCAGCGAGUAAUGUCAAGAAUGGCCAGUACCUCACGCAGCUGCACCAGGUUGUGACGGACAGGGUCUCAGCCAGCGAUACAGACACGGAAGUCAGGCAAAAGGCUGUUCAGGCGCUCGGUCUGCUCAUCGGACGGACUUCUGGUUCGGCAGGUCAGAAGCUGUUUGGUCAAGACAGCAGGUUUGCCGGCCAGCAGCUCAUCGCGGAUCGACUCAAGAACGAACUCACCCGCCUCCCUUGCGUUCGCGCUGUCGACACCAUCGCUGUGCUCGCGCAGAACAAGAACGACUUCAAGCCAGAGUUCGUCAGCAAUGUGGCUUUGGAGCUCGCAGCACAAUUAAGAAAGGCCAGCAGGGGUCUGCGUGGUGCCAGUCUUUCGGCGUUGCGUAUGUUGGCGGUGAAUGAGGCUUCGCGAUCGUGUCUGGAUGAUCAGACCAUCGUGCAGGUUGUUGAGAUGCUCAUCCCACUGUUGCAGACUGAGGACUUGCACAUGAUGAGCCCGGCGCUUGUGGUUCUGGCGGCGUUUGCGAAGGAUAAGCCUAGUCUCGUGGCUACACCGCCGGUCAUCCAGGGUGUUUGCGGCAUCGUCACCAGUCCGAUAUCUGGUGCCGCUCUGGAAGCACUCAUCACCUGUGUGGAGGCGAUGGGCCACGCUGGUGCUGGCAAAGAUCUCAUGAAGGCGCUACUAGAUGUUGGAGUGAAGGGGGACACGGAUGUCACUGGCCAGGUCAUCGGCACUCUGCUCGUAUCUGGUGGCGACAGCGUGGGCGUCAGCCUUGAUGCUUUUGUCAAGGAGCUCAAGUCGCAGUCCGAUGAGUCCAGGAAAUGCCUGGCGUUGUCUGUCCUGGGCGAAGCUGGUCUCAGGAUGGGCACGAACUCUCCGCUUAAGCCGGACAGCUUUACGGCGUACUUCACCGAUCCUUCAGAGAAGGUCAAGCUGGCUGCUGCUGUAGCCUUGGGUCGUGCUGGUGCGGGCAAUGUGAAGGCAUAUCUGCCGAAGACUCUGGAUGCGAUGAGUCAAGGUGGAGGUUAUCAUCUGCUGCACUCUGUCAAGGAGCUGCUACAGCACAGCACGGCGGAGGACGACAUCAAGCCCUACACUGCCAACUUGUGGUCGAACAUCAUCUCUUCUGGACAGGCGGAGGACAACAAGGUCGUUGGCGCGGAGUGCAUCGGUCGCCUCGCCAUCAUUGACCCACAGGCCUACAUCCCACAACUGCAGAGCUUCCUUCACGACAACAAUCCUGCGAUCCGCGGCAUGGUCAUCUCAGCGCUCCGCUACGUCUUCUCCGACACCGACGCAUCCUACAACACCAACCUACAGAACACCAUCGUACCCAUGCAAGAAGCCAUGCUCGCAGACACCGACCUGGACAACCAGCGCCUCAGCCUCUCAACCUUCAACAGCGCCCUGCACAACAAGCCCGAACUCAUCCUCCCCAACCUCGCCACUCUCCUCCCCUACGCCAUGGCCGCCACGGUACCCCGCCCCGAGCUCAUCCGCGAAGUCUCCAUGGGCCCCUUCAAGCACAAAAUCGACGACGGCCUCGAGAUCCGCAAAUCCGCCUUCGAGACCCUCUACGCCCUGCUUGAAUCCCCCGCCUCCCGCCAACGCCUCGAUAUCGUCGCCUUCUACGACCGCAUCGUCGCUGGCGUCGGCGACGAGCACGAGAUCAAGAUCCUCUGCUGUCUCGUACUGUCCAAACUCCUCGUCAUCGCGCCCGCCGAGUCGACGCGCAGAAUGGACAGUCUGAGCCAGCAGUUCCGGGCCGUGCUGGCUUUCAAGCCGAAGGAGAAUGCGGUGAAGCAGGAGUUGGAGAAGUUGCAGGAGCAGGCGAAGGCGGUGGUGAAGGUUAGUGUGGGUUUCAACAAGGUGUUGGGGAGUGAAGGGGAGGGCGGGGGCAGGGCGUGGAGGGAUUAUUUUGAGUGGGUGAAGAAGGAGUUUCCGGUUUAUAUUAAGCAGGCUCAGGAGGAGGAGGCGAGGGAUCGGUAG